ACAGCUGGCUCGGCAAACGAUAGGCAGGAAAUUAAAAAAAAAAAAUCAAAAAAAUUUUUUUUUGUAUAUAUUUUCCUUGAUCAAAAUUUGCAAGCUCUUGCGAACAAGAAAUUCCGGUGAAUGUUAAUAAAAGACAUAAUGGCGUUGAAGAUGAACCAAAACCAGAUCAAGACUAACUUCGCCCAGCAGUAUGUGGGUAGGAUGGUCGAACCCAUUUCGCCGGUGCCGCACAUGUCGUCGUCAACUCUACGAGUCCGUCGGGCUGUCGUCGAAUCCUAUCGGGGUCCUCAAAUCACUACCGAUGAUGCCAUGCUACCGAUGCCGCCACACAACAAGGCCCAGAAUAUGGGUGAGAUUCUGCAGGACCUUCGACAAAGACUGGCGAUUCCGAAGUUCUGGCAACGAGUCUUGCGACUCCUGAAGAAACGGGCCUAGUUUACAUUUAUAAAUACGAUAAUAGCGAUAAUAGAGUGGUGCAACCAAGUCAUAUCUACACUCCGCCUACUUGUCUCGUCCACUCGUAAAAUCCUUAACUACAAACUGCAAGUGUGUUCGA